AUGAGCACACUUUAAUUAGAGUAACUUAUUAAUUACUCUUUCAAAUAUGAUGAACUCGAGAAAUUAUUAAAAACCUCGAUUGAUGGAUUUGCAAGUAACAUUUAGAAAACCCUUGAUGGAAUUUAUAAUAAUUACUCCUUAUAUGAUAAAAUAAAUGUUGAUGAAUAUUUGUUGCCUUAAAUGGGUAUAGUUUUAAAUUUUAAUCAUUUUUCAGGAGAUGAAUUAUUUAAAAAAGGGGAUUUUAUAAGAGCCAUAGAUUUUUAUGAUUAGACACUCUAAAUUAAUCCAGAAAACAUUUAAGCAAUUUUGGGAAAGGCCAACUCCUUAAGGGCUACUCAAAAAUAUAUGGAAGCAGAGUAGAUUUACAUAAAAGCAAAAUAAUACAAUAAAAAUGAUAAAGUCCUUUUAUUUGAUUUUGGCGAAUGUUUAAGAUAACAGAUGAGAAUUGAUAAAGCAAUAAUUGAAUACGAUUUAGCAGUAUAAAUUGACGAAAACUAUGAUGAAGCUGCAUUUUAUUUAGGGAUUUGUCACAUUUACUAAGGAAUAUGGAAAGUAUAAUUUAAUGGGGAAGAUGGAGAACCAAUACAAAAAGAACUUUUUUCAUAUUUUAAACGAAUUUCUACAUUAGGCUAUGAUGGUACUUAUAAAACUUUAUCCAAUGCUUUGUUCUUAAGUCUAGACGGUUACUUUGAGGAUGCUAUGAAAAUGAUUGAAGAGGUCGUAAAAACUUCACCAUAAAAUUAUGAAGCCCUUUUGUUAAAAAGUUUCUUGUUAUUUGGUAAAGAGAAAUAUAAUUUAUCACUGGAAUUCCUUGAAUAGAUAUAAACCUAGGAUUUAUUCAUAGGAUUUUUUAGGAGUUUAUGUUUACUGAGUUUAGAAUAAUAUAAUAGUGCAAUCAAAUUAUUAGAUAAGAUUCUAGAUUCUACACCUGAAAAUUAAUAUGCCCAAAUUUUUAAGGGCGUUUGCUUACUGAAAAUUAAAUAACCAAAGGAAGCUUUGACGAUAUUUAAUACUAUUUUAGAAGCUGAUCCCCAUCACAAAGCUGCUUAGAGUUACAAAGGUAGAAUUAAGUCAUAAUUUUAAGAUUAAUGUCUAGAAGAAAUUGGAGAUUAAAAUGAAACAAAUUAAGAUUAGGAAUUAAAGAUUUGA